AUGUCCGAGAUUCGGUCCGCAAAGCCCGUCCGGCUGCGUCUCGCUUGCGACGCUUGUACGACAGCCAAGGUCCGCUGCAGCAGGACUCACCCCUGCGAGCGCUGCGAGGACAACGGGCAGGCGAAAGAGUGCUGCUACAGCGCUUCGCGGCGACAUGGCAAACGGGCGCGACACAGGAAGAACGCACAGGAUAGUAGUCUUACGACGCAGUUUACGAAUGCGUGGGAGGAUUACAGUACAUACUCGGCUGGUGAUCUUGAGAUGCUGGAUAGUUGGGCGUCACGCAGCGUCGACGUCACUGUUGACUUUGACGAUGGGAACGGUAUAUCUUGGGUUGAUCCGUGGAAGUCGCUGAGUUUCGUGUCGGAUACUACUGCGUCUCAGUCGAGUGGUAUGGUAUCACCUGAUUUGAGUUUAUCUAUGGAGCCAAUACUGUCGAUCAAGGCACCGGAGCCAACAGCCAUGCACUCUCACGAUUGUGAGGCCCUAGCUCUCAAAGUGUUGAGAUCGCUGCACUGCAACACCAACGCAGACCAAAGCAUCUGCAAAUCCUCCCCCAUGCCCCAAAAACAAACCUGUUCAACACCAUCUAUCGAUACAGUCCUAUCCGUCAACAAAACCGCUCUCACAAGCCUCAUUCCCCUCCUCAAAUGUCACUGCGCACGAAACCCCCAUAUCGCAAUGCUACACAGCGCAAUCUUAUCAAAGGUUAUUUUCUGGUACAGAGUUGCGGUCACAGCACGCUAUCACACUGAUGGAGUAGAACUACGACCUAUGAAGAUCCAACUUGGAAUGCUGGAUCUUGAUGACGAGGAUCAAGCUACGCUGCAAAGGACUGUGGUUUUGAGGGAGUUGAGAAAGGCGGAGAAGGUGAUGGAGACCUUUGAUUCUUUUGCUGGAGGGGAUGAUGGCGGGUUGAAUUGGCAUGUCGUUGCUGUGACGAAUAUGAGGGAGGAAUUGCAAGAGAUUAUCCAGAAGAUUUAG